AUGCUCAGACAGAUCCUCCUCAACUCCACUGACAGCCCGGAUUUUAACUUAGUUCUCAUGACACAGUCCACCACGCACGCACCCUCCUCUCUCAACUCGUCCCACAGCGGGGGGUCUGGCGUGGGGGUCCUCCUCAGACCCACCUCUGCGCGUGGGAGCUCUGAGGGAGGAGGGAUGCGGGAAGGCGAGCUCCACAAGCCAGACCUGGUCACCUACAUAGUCAUGUGCCUGCUCCUCUUCCUCCUAGUGCUGCUCAUCGUGUUCUUCAUUAACUGCCAGCUGCGAAACUCCUUCUUCGCCUCCAUGCCAUAUGACAGGUCCCUGCGAGAAGCCCGGACUUCUUACAAGUGA